ACUGGGGGCAUGGGGCUCGCCAAGCACAGAGCACCUGUAUUUGUGGAAAUAAAACCAGGGGCAGACCCGGCAUGGGUCUGCCAAUACCCCAUGUCUCUAGAGGCCCGCAAGGGAAUAACUCCACACAUCAGGAGGCUACUUGCCCAGGGAAUUCUAAGGCCAUGCCAGUCGGCCUGGAAUACCCCCUUGUUGCCAGUAUGGAAACUUCAUUCAAAUUAUUACAAUAUGUAGAUGAUCUCCUUAUAGCAGCUGAGACACGAGAGGACUACCUAGAUGGAACCAAGAAACUCUUAACAGUCAUAGGGGAACUGGGAUACCGGGCAUCUGCCAAAAAGGCCCCAAUCUGCAAACCUGAGGUACACGGGACUCGAGAAGAUCUGAAAGAUCAGCCAUGGCCAGAUGCUGAAGAUACCUGGUACACCAAUGGGAGCAGCUUUGUUCAGGAUGGCCAAAGGUAUUCAGGGAUGGCUGUGGUCACUGAGACUGAGGUUGUUUGGGCUGAACCCUUGCCCACUGGAACAUCAGCACAGAGAGCAGAGCUCAUAGCAUUAACCAAAGCACUGACGCUGGGAAAGGGCCAAAAGCUAAAUAUAUACACAGACGGCAGGUAUGCUUUUGCUACUGCUCACAUACAUGGGACCAUUUACAGAGAAAGGGGACUGUUAACAGCUGAAGGAAAGACUAUUAAAAACAGAGAAGAAAUUCUUGUGCUACUGGCGGCCCUAUGGCUGCCAAAGAAAUUGGCUAUUAUUCACUGUCCCAGGCACCAAACUCCAAUUGCCCAAGGAAAUAAUUUGGCCAACCAGACAGCUCAAAAAAUAGCCCUAGAAGCUGAUCUGACCCUGACCAUUCAGCUGCCUGAUAAAGGGGGCACUGCCUUACCAGAAACUCCCCAGUAUACUGAGGCAGACUUAAAGUGGAUAAAACAACUGCCCAUGGCCCAAUGCCUCAAAAGAUGGUGGAGACUGUCUGACUGUAGAGUCAUCCUGCCUGAAGCACUGGGAGAACAAGUUCUCUCCAAAAUGCACCAGGCCACCCACAUGGGCACUCGAAAAAUGCAAGACCUCCAGAAACUGAGCGUAUCAUUGCCACCUGCAAAGCCUGCCAAUUGACAAAUGCUACUCACAAUAAAGCCAACCCAGGCAACAGAUUGAGAGGAAACCGACCCGGCGUAUACUGGGAAUUGGACUUUACUGAGGUAAAACCUGGAAGGUAUGGUUACAGGUACCUGCUAGUUUUUGUAGACACUUUUUCAGGAUGGACAGAGGCCUUUCCCACCAAACAUGAGACGGCACAGAUUGUGGCUAAAAAGUUACUAGAAGACAUCUUGCCAAGGUAUGGUUUCCCAGUAAUGUAAGGGUCAGACAAUGGACCCCCCUUCAUUUCCAAGGUGAGUCUAGGUUUAGCACAGGUACUGGGGGCAAAUUGGAAAUUACAUUGUGCUUACAGACCCCAGAGUUCAGGGCAGGUAGAAAAAAUGAACAGAACUCUAAAAGAGACCUUAAUUAAAUUAACCUUAGAGACUGGCGGUGACUGGGUGAUUCUCCUUCCCUUUGCCCUCUAUGGGGUGUGCAAUUCUCCCUAUAAGAUGGGACUAACUCCCUUUGAAAUCAUGUUUGGGGUGACCCCUCCCAUUAAAAUGUUGUCUUCCUUACAAAGCCUCCAGUGUGUUCACAAAGACAUCUGGCCUAAAUUAAAGGCCCUGUUAGAGUCCGGACCACCUCCCGAGCCCCAUCACUACUGGGUCUUUGUCCGGAGACAUCGACAGAAGGACCUUGAGCCUCAUUGAAAAGGACCCUAUGUUACUGUCCUGACCAUGCCCACCGCUCUCAAGGUUGACGGGAUUGCCUCGUGCAUACAUUACACUCACGUCCGUCCCGCAGAUUCACACGCCGUUCUAGAGGAUUACAUCCCCUCAUGGCAGGUGUCCAAAAACCGUGACAAUCCUCUCAAGCUCAGACUGUGUCAUCGACAGUCAUAAUUAUGAAAAGACUUUGUGCUGCCCUAGCAGGAAAACUCAAAAUAUUCUGGGGGCUUUCAUCUCAGAAGCUGUGAUAACACCUAGCAAGCUCAAUGGAUCAUUGUUUGCUGAAUCAAAAUCCAGAAAUUAGAUCAUAAGAGGAAAAAAAAUAAUUAAAUAAAAUCUUUGGUUUGGAUAUCACAA